AUGGAUUCUUCUGUUUGGCAAGGCCAUUUAGGAUUGGUGAGAAACUUAUGCAAGCAAAGGUCGACAGAAGGUGUUCGGCAACAACAGCAGUCAGGCAACGUAAUAUCAAUAACAACCACGACGACAACGUCAGCUCCUGUAGCCCAACAAGCUUCCGUUCAGCAAACUUCUUCAAAUGACGAGAACGCGGCGUCGUCUUCUCUACACCUUGAGCUCUCUCAGAACCUUCCAUCACAAGGUCCUCCAGCUAUGAGCCCGUCAUUAACUUCAGGAAUAUCGGGAUCGUCUACUCCGGAGUCAAAUCUGAUCCACAAAAGAUUUUCCAUUUCAAGUACAGCAAAUGUUCAGCAGGAGGCAACAGCUCUUAAAUCUAUGUCUGCGCAGGCAAGUUCAACUGUAAAUUUCACUACGUUGCAGCAGCAGUCAAUGCAGAAUGCUCUUGCCGGUCAACAAAAGCUUUCAAAUGUUACAACACCAUUGUUAAAUGUGGUACCUCAAAGUGGUUUAUCGAACCCUGUGGUUUCAACGGGCACUUUAGCUUCGCAUAAUGAUACUCAUGGAAGUAUACAGGCUGCAGUUUCUACAGCUACCAGUGUGAAUCCAGCGAUCUCGGGAGUUGAAAUUGACCCUAUAGCACGACAGAUGUUGCGUAUGACAUCUACGCAAGAAACAAGGAAUCAACAACCUCAAACGGCGAUGAUACCAGCCUGGUUGGGUGCGUCGCCUCUUGGCAGAGCUCCACCAUCACCGGAGCACGACCAUAUCAUAGAGAUUCUAGAGCAUGCAGUGGCUCGUACACCUUUACAAAUGGAUUCUGAGAAACCACGCAGCUAUUUGCCAAAAAUGCCGUGUGCGACAGCUCCGUAUUAUCCGCAGGUACCACCAGCAAACGCCGACACGCUAGAAUACUACCUCAGAUUAACUCCGGAAACGCUGUUCUUUACGUUUUAUUAUAUGGAAGGUUCUCGGGCGCAGCUGCUGGCAGCUAAGGCGUUAAAAAAACUUUCUUGGCGCUUUCAUACAAAGUAUCUUAUGUGGUUUCAGCGACACGAGGAACCAAAGCAGAUUACCGAUGAUUACGAGCAGGGGACAUACGUGUAUUUCGAUUUUGAAAAGUGGUCUCAACGUAAAAAGGAGCAGUUCACUUUUGAAUAUCGUUACUUAGAAGACAGGGAGUUUGACUAA